UUACAGUGUGAUUGCCUUUAAAUUUCAAUGUUCCCACAUUAGCGGAGACUGCAUUCACGGUAAAUGCUGCAUAUGUUGGUUCAAUUAGAAAGUACCUUUACAUUUCUAUCACGCCAUCUCUAACGCUUCAGCAAUACAGGUUGAAUAGAGCCGUAAGUCUGAGAGACUUGCCACUGUAUAGUAUAACAUGUCAGCUAAAAUAAGGCAAUGCAUUUGUUCUCAAUCUAUUCCUUGUGUCCUUCAAGAUGCUUAACAUAGCCAUUCAGUGUGUGAAAUGAUUGUUGUCUGUAAAAAUAAUUAAUGUAGAUGUGGUUGAAAGAUGGAUUAACCUUGAGAGGUUGUGCUCCGGGCACUUUGAUUUGGUUCUGGAAAUGGCUCCAUGGAUAUUUGACUGGAUGGGAAUGGAAUGUGACAGCACAGCUGCAUGGACUCUAUGAACAGACCAGUACUGUGCAUACAGACAGUCUGUCUAGUUAUAUUAUUGGGGACAGAGUCCACCCAGUCAGAGGGGGCUAGGGAGGGCUUUCAGGUCUACUCAGGAGAGGCUUCUCAUUUCUCUGUACACUACGGCAAGGCUGCAGCCAUGGACACUGUGAAGCCAGCGGGGUACGAGGGCCGUUAUGUUCAGGGGUUCCAGUUUUACUUGAAACACUCGGAGGAACACAAGGCCAUCCUUGGGUAUGUCGACAAGGUUCUCCCUGGAGAGUUCACCAGAAUUGGAGAGGGGAAAUCCAAAAUGGAUGUUCUAGGUGUUGGAAGUGGUGGCGGGGAGAUGGAUGCCCACAUCCUGUCUAUUCUACAGUCUAAACUGCCAGCCACCGCUCUUACUGCAGACAUAGUGGAACCCAGCAUCCACCUCACUGACAAUUUCAAAGCGUUAGUGGAAAAGACUCCCAGCCUUCAGAAGAUCCCGUUCUCUUGGCACACCGUGACGUGUGGAGAAUAUGAGAAACAGGUCAAAGACAAAAGAGAGAUCAAAAGAUUUGACUUCAUUCACAUGAUUCAGAUGCUAUACUACGUAGAUGACUAUCCAGGAACCAUCAAGUUCUUCCACAAUCUUCUGAAGGAAAACAGCAAACUGCUCAUAGUUCAUGAAGCAGCUGGCAGCGGCUGGGACACCCUGUGGAAGACCUACAGGAAAGAGCUCUGCACCAAGUCCAUCUCUGACUACCUGUCUGCUGGAGACAUCAAGGUUCAUCUGGAGCGGCUGGAGCUUCAGUAUGACGAGCACCUCAUCCCUAACACCCUGGACAUCACAGACUGCUUCACUACUGGGGAUGAGAUGGGAGAGCUGCUGCUGGACUUCAUGACAGAGCAGGACCACUUCCACCAGUCUCUGACCCCUGACCUUAGAGCAAGCAUCCUGGACCUUCUCCGGAACCGAUGUAGCACAGAGAAAGAGGGCAGGAUACUGUUCGACUGCAGCAUGAGUUGUCUCCUGGUUUACUCCUGAACCAUGUGUGGUGUUUAAUGAGAGUGCCGAGAGUCAUACGAAGAGAUCUACUGUACACAGUAUAUGGCUCUGAGUUUGUCUAAGUGGCUAUAGUGCACUUUGUAGCAAAGGCUAUACCUAUAUAUCUUCUGCAAUACAACAUGUUGGUUUUCUAUCUGCAAACCAAAUAGUUUUUCAGUGUUUUCAAUAAAAGUGUCCUCUCAUUCUCUCAAA